CUACAGAAUCGAUCACGAGACUUGACUGUAUUAUUGAAUAGAUGAAAUAAUUACGGUAAUAUAUAUGUAAUUUUGGUUUAGGGCUUAUGUCUUUCGAUUUAACUUAAGUUCUAAUAGAUCCCGAAUAAACUUUUUUGGUCGGAGGCCUAACUGUUACUUCAGUUUUAAAAGUUAAAACGGCGUCUCAUAACGUGAAAAGUUAAUAUUACAAGUAGUAAUACUACUAGUAUGCCUACGACUUCAAAAAAAAUGUCGAAAUUGAGUAAUCUUAAUAAUAUUACUAGCAAUACUAAUGUUAUUGCAGAUUCUUUCUACCGCACUGGAUUUAGAACUUUAUUUAACUUUAAGCAAGGUUCUGUAAACAUAUUUUCUAUGAUAUUUGGAUUGGUAACGUUGCUGCAGUUAUUUAUUAAUAUUAGUAAAGUGUCUGCGCAGCAAAUAGAAGUUUCACCUCACGAUCUCGCUUUCAGCAAGGAUUAUUUCGGAUGUUUUUCUGUUUACCUCAGCAAACCAGUUAACGUUGAUGUGGCAGUCAGUUUUUGGUAUGAACAUGGGAAUGUUAUUAAUUGCUUACCUAAUGAUUGGACUAUUCCUGAAAAUUCCAACUCAUCUUUGAGUUACAAUGUGACAGCGAGAGAAGCAGGGCAUACAACUGUUCGAGUCAACGUUACACCGAACGACUUCAUGGAUUCAGAAGCCUUUGUGAGAGUGAAUGUUUACAGGAACGAGGGUUUGAUAAUAUUAUGCUCUGUUAUUGGUUGGAUAUACUUUGUUGCCUGGUCUAUCUCAUUUUAUCCACAAAUAUACAUGAACUGGAAACGAAAAAGUGUUGUUGGACUGAAUUUUGAUUUUGUUGUAUUAAAUCUAACAGGAUUUUUCUGCUAUUCUGUUUAUAACUUAUGUUUUAAAUAUGUGUAUUCUGUGAAGUGUGAGUAUUUUAAUUUAUUUCCAACAAGUAUUAUCCCAGUUGAAUUAAAUGAUAUUGUCUUCGCUGUCCAUGCAACUUGUGCCACAAUAAUUACUGUCAUUCAGAUACUUUUGUAUGAAAGAGGUGAACAGAGGGUUUCUCGUAUUGCAUGCAUUUUUCUCUCUUGUUUAUUUCUUGGAGCUGCCAUAUUCUUGAUUGUAAUCUUUGCAGGAGGAAUUCACAAACAUCCUUGGCUUUCUUUGCUCUACUACUUGUCUUAUGUAAAACUGGCCAUUACUUUAACCAAAUACAUUCCGCAGGCUUACUUUAACUGUAAACGUCGUUCCACUUCUGGCUGGAGUAUUGGGAAUAUCCUGUUAGACUUCACUGGAGGGUUUCUGAGUAUUCUUCAGAUGUUUUUGAUUGCCUAUAAUUUUGAUGACUGGAUAUCAGUGUUUGGAAAUUUUACAAAAUUUGGAUUGGGAUUUAUUUCAAUUUUGUUUGAUAUAUUAUUCAUUGUACAACAUUACUGUUUAUUUCCAGAAGACAAAUAUUACAACAGGAUGGAAUCUUCAGACAGCUUGGCCAAUUCUAGUGAUGCAUAAUGUCUGUAAAUUGUUUCUAAAUAUACCUUAAAGUAUGAAAUCUGGUGAAAUUUAGAAAUACAUUUUUUUAUUUACUAAGGAUCAGAGCAAUUAGAAUAUCUUUUUCUUGUUAAUAUUUUUCAAUAAGUGUCUGAAACUCCAUGUAUGAGUAUUUGAUCUUGCUAGUGAGAGUGGAAAGAUUAUUUUUUUAAUAUCGGUGACUGCUAGAUAUUCAAGUAUAAAAAUGUUUCACUUAGAUACUCACAUCUGUGUGGAAAAUAAAACUAUUGCACUUGUAAACUUUUUCCUCAAGGAGUGUUUUAGUCAAAACAUUUUUCUUAUACCAACAUAUAAUAUGAGUACUUUCUUAGUCUUUACAGUAUGUUAAAAACUUUCAGUGGAAAAUUUUUUGUUUUAGCUGCUAGUAAGGUGAAGGAUUCUUUUAGAAUAAUUAAUUACUUUUAUCCAGUUAAAGGUUUAAUUUAAGAAAAUGGUUUGAAUGAUGUCAUUUAUGGUUUUCCAUUUAUUUACUUUAUAUUAUUAGUUAUAUUUCAAUUAUGAAAUUCAGUUUGAUUUUUAACUUUGAACUUUUAUACAACAGGUAACCAAAAAAUGCUAGGUUACACAUUAUUCUCCUGGUUUCUGUGAACGUAUGCAAAAAGAAAAACAACAUACAAAUUCAAGUUAAUUUUCUACAAUAUGAUGUUUGUAGGUUAUAAGAAAAAAUUAGCUUAUUAGUGUUUUUGAAAGUGAGUUAUUUACUAAAAUUUUGGUUGUAGCUGAAAAUAUUAAAAGGAUAACCAAAUGAUUCAUUUCAUUUUGAUUCGUUUAACAACUUCUGGCAUAUUGAUUUAUAACAAUGUACUUCUAAUCAGUCUAUCUAAAAUUGGAUUUAUUGAUUUUAUAACUUUUCUUUCUGAUAAUAUAUAUUUCUUAGCUACUGAUAAAUAAUAUUUAUCAGUUUACAUAUAUAUAUAUAUAUACAGUAUAUGGUUAUUAUUUUGUCACUUACUGAAUAAAACAAAGACUAAAAUAUCUAGAAAUACUGAUUUUAAUAGAACAUUGUAGUUUUAGUUGAAGGAAGAAAAAAAAUUAGUGUUUUGUUCUAUGAAGAAAUAAAUUAGAUGCAUUUGUUAUAUAGUAUAUUCAAGGUAGUUUUGUAACUAAUAUAAAGUUAGUUAAUAGGUAAAUAUGUGAAAUAGUUGAAAAAGUAUAUUGUUAAUAUAUGUAUUGAGUUAUAAGAGUGUACAUUACCUUUCACAGAACAGUGUUUUUCUUUAUUAAAAUGAUUUAUAGUGAAUAUAGUAAAUAUCCCUAACAUGCAAGAUGACAAACAAAAACACAUGUUAUAAAAUAAAGUGUUGAUGGUUUUGUGGUAUAUGCAGAGAAUAAUAAUACAUUGUUUUGUUUUUUCCAGAGUUUUAGAAAUAGUAAUUUCAUAAAAGAUUGUUACUUUAAUUAAUUAUAGCCAUGAAAGUAGUUGUUAUGAAUCUUUAGCUUAUAAUAUUCACACAUUAAAAAUUGUCAACUUGAAGAAGACCUAUUAUCAAGCUCAUAUAUUAGCAGUUUAAAAUAUAAACAAAUGUUUUGCCAUGUUACCAUUUCAGCUUUAUUAUAUAAUUACCAUUCAUUAACAAUGGAGAUGAACUGUAUCAUAUCACAUCUGGUAACUUGGUUUAAGACUGGUGGAGUUCUUGUUGUUGAUUCAUAAUAUAAUAUAAAUGCACAUUAUGAAGAUAUGAAAAGGCCUAAGUAUCGUUGUUAACAUCUUAAAAUUUGUGUUAACUUAAUAGAAUUGACUGCAGUUUGUUUAGAGUGAAGUACAGUAUUUUAUUGUUAUUUAAUUUUUGUAAAUUUAAAAGUAUAAUUUUUUUUGUGAAUACUUUUGUUUGAAGGAAUAUGACAGUAACAUUUGCCCAUUCUGUGAAGGAUGAUUUUUCUAUUUCUUGAUACGAAGGUUUAUAACCUUUAAUUGUUUAUAGAUUUUAAAAUUAACCAAAUGAGUACAUAUGAUAGUGAAAAGUCAAUUAAAAAAUUUGUU